AUGUCUAGCACCCUUGUCGCGCAGACAGGCGUUCAGCUCUCGUCUGCGCCUGACAGCGAUAACGAACCAGUUCUCGCAGGGCGGAAGAGGAAGACCUCUGAAGAAACGCUGGCGAAUAAAGCCAAUGCGCCGCGCCAGAAGAUCACAAGAGCUUGCGAUAGCUGCAAGGAAAAGAAAACCCGCUGCACCGGAACUCUGCCAUGCGGGAGAUGUACAAGGCUGUCGCUCGCCUGCGAGUAUAACGCCGCAUAUUCUCGAGGUUUGCCUCCACAGCCGCCCCCGGCGCCUCCAUCGGUCGCGGCUAGAUAUUCGAGAAACCGCUCGGCCUCCCAUGUCUCAAUUUCACAGAGUCCUGUUUCCCGGAGAUCGCCUCCCGCGAGGGGAUCAUCUGGAGCCACAAGAACCCCACGCUCGCAAAUCUCACAAACAUCCGUGGAGAUAUCACCGCGGCGCAAUUCUCCUGAUCCGGUAGCUACUGACUUCGAGGGAAACUAUCUCGGUCCAGCAUCGGGUGUUUCGUUUUUGAACCGUGUCUGGCGGCGUCUGCACCAGGAUGAGACAAGCGCUAUUCCGGAAGAGUUGCAGAGCGAAUGGUGCCCUAAUAAAAACACUUCGGUGUUUAUGUUCGGUGAUAAACCAUAUACAGACUAUCGCAAUGCUGGCUUCAUUCUUCCUGCAUUUGAUAAAGCUCUAGAGUUGGUGGGCAGGUACUUUGAUUAUGCGAUGGUCACGUAUCGCUUCCUUCAUCGAGGAAGCGUCGAAGAAUGGCUUAGACAGGUUUACAGCCAUGAUAUAUCCUCGUCGAACUUGCCUACAGGGCCUUUGGUUGCUCGAACUUCCAUAAUUCUCAUGAUUUUUGCUGUAAGUACCUUGCAUGAAGAGCAAACUCAGGGGGAUCAGGCAGAGUCUUCGAGUGAAAGUGAGAGGUGGUAUGCCGCAUCGAAACAGAUGCUCACAAUGGAACUCGGCCCUCCGCGUCUCGAGACUGUUCAAGCACGACUGGGUCAGUGUCUUUACCUUCUUUCUUCUUCAAGGGCCAACGAAUGCUGGUAUACAUUUGGCACUGCCGUACAACUAGUCACGGCUAUUGGCUUGCAUCGACGGUGUGCACCUAAGCUGUCCAAGAAGGGAAUCUCGUAUCUAGAGAGAGAGCUCCGCAAGCGAAUCUUGUGGAGCGCCUAUACACUAGACAAAUAUCUCAAUGUUAUCUUUGGGCGGCCUCGGUUAUUACACGAUGUAGAUAUUGAUCAGGAACUUCCCGAUGAGGUGAACGAUGAGGAUAUCUUACAGGAUGACCCGGCUCUGCGUUUAGGCACGGCAGAUUCGAUGAUGAUCGCAUCUGUCCUACACUUUAGACUCGGACGCAUACUGGGCGAGAUCUCGCGCGAGUUUUACACAGUUAAUCCUAUUUUCCGCCAGUCACCUCUCGAAGCCGCUGUACGGAUUACAUCGGAACUUGAAAAAUGGAAAGAAACCACGCCGCCAUUGUUUAACAGUGUCCGCCCAACGAGUCUCAUCCCACCCCUGUGUAGGCAAAGCCAAGUCCUUCAACUCGCUUACUGCCAUGCUAUGAUCCAUGCAACUAGGUCUUUCCUGUUGAACGAUUUCACCGAUCUAAGCCGUCGGCCAGCAGCUCCACAUCCGACGGUGACGGCCCAUGUAAGUAAGUGUCUCGAGGCCGCCGAGCAUGUCAUGAACCUGGUGGACAGCAUAGCAAAGCAAGGCACCCUAAUCCAGUCGUUUUGGUUCACCCACCACGUGUGUUUCUGUGCAAUCGUGGUGGUCUAUAUCCACACAAUCCAGCAGCACCGACUGUCGUCAACUUUAGAACCUGCCGAGAUGGACAAGAACCGCGUUCGGUCUCUUUUCAGUCUUGCAGAGCAAUGCCAACAACAUUUGGCGGAAGCCACGCGGAAGAAUUGCCCUAGCCGCCGGUACGGCAUCAUCCUUGAGGAAACGAGAUUAGAGGUGCACAAGCAACUUGGCUGCCAGUUCAGCGAUGGUACCCUUGGGAAUGUCCCUGAGACUUCUCGCGAUGCUACAGCACAGGAUCGAGAGUCGGUUGUCGACCAGAGGCUCGUAGAUCCGGCUGAUGCAAACAAUGCUGUUCCCUUCAAUUCAAACUCGUUCGGGUAUGACGGGAACUUCCAGCCAUCGACUUUCGUAGAUGAGCCGUUCGAUAUGGGUGACGUUGGGUUCCUGGAUAACCUUGACGGGUCGCUUUGGUGGACCCAGUUGGACACUUGGGCUUUCUCUAAUCUACCUAAUGAUCCGUCCCAGUUUUCUUUUUGA